GAAAAAAGUCCCGGGAGCUUAAACUCAAGACUGCCUGAUGAAAAUAUGUAACUCUGCCCGCAUGAGCACAUUCAUAUGGAGUUUAUUCAGUUGAUUAUCCCAUAACGAUCAUUAAACGCUUAUAGGCGUCAUCACGAACAUGGAUGCUUUGAGAAGACCAGCCAUUCCAGAGGAUGCGGUCCAGUAUAAACUGUUUCUGGUUCAGCCUGACCCAUCAGACGCAGAAGCUAAUGAGAAAUCCUUGCAGCAGCUUCUGGAGAACAUCCUGGCCGAGAUCGCCCCUCUUCUUGUGCAGUAUAUCUGGCAACAUCAGCCCUUUAAUCUAACAUACCAUCCUGAGAAAGGGGGUGAGCCAGCACAUCUGGGUGGUGUCACUGUGUUUGGUGACAAUGUGGAAGAUGAAUGGUUCAUCGUUUACCUGCUCAAAUGCAUCACAUGCAUCUUUAAAGAAGUUGCUGCAGUUGUAAAUGACAAUGAUGGACAGUUUCUGCUGAUUGAAGCAGCUGAACAUCUGCCAAAGUGGCUGGACCCUGACAGCAGUGAAAACAGGGUGUUCCUAUACCAGGGAGAACUGCACAUAUUACCCAACCGCCUUCAUCCUGGGGAGAUCGGCUGGCCCAAAGACUCAGUGCCCACUGUGGUUGAGGCACUAGAGAUGCUCCAUUUACACACAGAGCACUGUCUGGCUAGGAAACACAUACGCUCAGCUCUAGCCAGAAGGCUUGAUGGGUACCCAGAUAAAAUCCAGCAGAAUUUCCAUCAUGCCCACUGUUACAUACCUGCCGGCAUUGCUGCAGUGUUGUCUAGAAGCCCUGACCUCUUAGCGCCUGCGGUAUCUGCUUUCUAUCUGCGGGACCCGCUUGACCUUCAGGCCUGCCGAACCUUUCGCACCUUUCCGCCUGACACCAGAGUUAUGACAUCGGUGAAGUUUACUCGCUGCUUAUAUGCCCAGCUUAAUCAACAGAGUUUUAUUCCAGAUCGGAGGAGUGGCUUUACCCUUCCUCCCCGUACUCAUCCCCAAUACAGGGCUCACGAGCUGGGCAUGAAAUUGGCCCAUGGGUUUGAAAUCCUUUGCUCUAAAAGUGGGCAGUCCUCAUCGGUGCAGGAACCAUCUGUUAGCAGCAACCCGCUUUGGAGAGGCUUUCUUGAUAGCCUCAAAAAGAAUGGAUACUUUAAGGCUGAACUUGAAGGAUCUGCUCGAUACAAAGACCUUAUGAUGUCAGCAGAGAACUUUUUCAAACAGUCAAUAACCAGCACACACCGGCCUGAUAUUUAUAAUCCCGGUGAUGAGGUGUUCAAAAUCUUAAAGGAUGCUUCCUACAGCUUGGAAGACUUAAAACAACAAGAAGCACAUCUACCACCAGAGGACAGUGAUGCAUGGUUAGACAUCUCCCCUCAGGAGCUGGAGAGGCUGCUUGAGGAGAGAGGAGGCCGUGGGGUGAGUAACAGCACAAUCAAGACUGUAGGACCAGAGAAUGAGGAGCAAGAGGAGGAAACUGGCUACAGUCUGGUAGCCGUUACACAAGGCAUGAAGAGCUUCAUCAAUGCAAUGUCCUCUCAUGAAGGAGCUGAAUUUCCAAGAUCUGGCUUGUCUGAACCCUUCAAUUUUGAUCCAGAUGCAGUAACCAGUGCACUCGAUAGACUACUUGGAAAUAAGGAUGAUGAGUUAGAUUCUGAUGACUUUGAGGAUGACUACGAUGGCGAUGAGGAAGAUAAGGAUGAAGAAGUACAGAAUGACGACUCUGUUGAGCAGACAGACGCAGAGACAUUGGAGAGUUUAAGAAAGUACAUGGACGAAAUGGACCAUGAGCUGCAAAGCACAAAUAUUGGCAAAAGUUUCAGUCAGACUAAUAAAGUUGGUAAUAAAUCGGAUACGACUAAAAGCUCAUCGGUCACGGCAGGCUCUGAACUUGCUGAGGAAGAGAUCCAGCCACUCGAUGUGGACCUCAAUCUUGUUACAAAUUUGCUCGAGUCAUUGGCUUCUCAGGCUGGUCUAGCUGGGCCUGCCUCUAACCUGCUGCAAAGUUUAGGCAUUCACAUCCCCCCCGAUGCAGAUAAGUCAUAAAUGACGACAAAAGCAAUCAAACAAAAUCAAUUAAACCCAUUGAAUCGAUUUCCAGACCUUUAAUGUCACUUUUCCUAGUAUAGAUCUCUAUUGUUUCUCAGCUAUAAAAGGACGUAUCGUGAUAACGGUUUACGGCAGUUUUUAGUACCUGUAUGGUACUGAAUGUGAAUUUAAUAAUAGAUUAACAAUGGUGGUCUUUCGUGGAAUUUGAUUUUCGUGUGGGAAUUGUUUUCAUAAUCAUGUCAGGGCAGUUCUUUAGUAAACACUGUUCCCACUGUAAAUGUGUAUUUUUUUACCUUCGUAAAUAAAGAUUUAUAUUUCUGGGAUUUC